CAUGUGAGACAAGGAGGGCGCCGGGCACAGCGACAAGAGGCGUGCCCAGGGGUGGGGGCAGAGGGGACCCACUGUCCUUCUCCCUAUAUGAAGCUGACGAUGGCCGGGGAGAGGCAGAUAGCCGGUCCUGGAAGAUCUCAGGGUGACAGCGCCCUGGCACCGCCUGGAUGCCGUACAGGGGACUGGCCACUCAUAGGGCAGGGUGGUGCCCAUGCUGGAUGUGACAGGUGCCUCCGGCUGGCGAGCUCUCUGCGGGAUUCAUCACUGGCAUUGCUUUACCUGGAUCUCCUUCUUCAUGUACAGAAGAGUGUGCUGGAAUAUAACUAUUGUGAGGGGCUACACACCUGCCAUAAGGCUGGGCACCGACCCCUGGGCACCUAGGGGAAUCAUUCCUAUCUACAACACGCUUACUUGGCACUGACAGCCACCUUAGCCUGGUACAAGUCCACAAUAGACUAGUGAGAAGGAGUCAAACAGUAGGUGCCCGAUUGUGGAGAGCUGUGCCAUAUCUAGGAUGCCCGCCAUGCAGUGGUAAGAGAGGAGAUGCCAUCAGCCCGAGGUUUGGUCCUGGUUGCCUUCUUCUGGCUCCUCCUGGUCCCGGUCAGGUGUUGUGGUCCUGGCCGGGGUCCAGUGGGUCGGCACCGGUACAUGCGGAAGCUGGUGCCCCUGCGCUAUAAACAGUUCGUGCCCAACGUGCCCGAGAAGACCCUGGGGGCCAGCGGGAAGAUGGAGGGCAAAAUCCGGCGAGAUUCGCAGCGGUUCCGGGAGCUGGUUCUGAAUUACAACCCGGACAUCAUCUUCAAGGAUGAGGAGAAUACCACAGCGGACCGAGUCAUGACCGAGCGCUGCAAGGACAGAGUGAAUGCAUUGGCUAUCUCUGUGAUGAACAUGUGGCCAGGUGUGAGGUUGCGGGUAACCGAAGGAUGGGAUGAGGAUGGCCACCAUGCCCAUGAUUCCCUACACUACGAAGGACGUGCACUUGACAUCACAACCUCAGACCGAGACAAAAGCAAAUAUGGCAUGUUGGCUCGCCUUGCAGUUGAAGCUGGCUUUGACUGGGUGUACUAUGAGUCGAAAGCCCACAUUCAUGUCUCUGUGAAAGCAGACAACUCCUUAGCAGUCCGCUCUGGGGGCUGUUUUCCUGGCACUGCCAUGGUUAGCCAAGCUGGUGGUCAAAGAAAACCUCUUUCUGAGAUUCAGCUUGGUGACAAGAUCCUCACUACUGAUGAGAAAGGAACAGUGACAACAACUGAAGUCUUGUUGUUUUUGCACAAAGACCUAGAUAAAGUGGCCACCUUUGUUGUUAUAGAAGCUGAAGGACAUCCCUAUAAGCUACGAUUGACGCCGCACCAUCUACUUUUUGUAAGCAAACAACUACGGGCAGGUUUCCUCCCCAUUUAUGCCCAUCAUGUUCAGGUGGGAGACUUUGUUCAAAUUUACACCAAUGGCACUCAGCUUAUGCCAUCGAAAAUUGUCAAUAUUUCUAUACAAGAACAAACAGGAGUUUUUGCUCCUCUGACUUCCCAUGGUACACUACUAGUAGAUGGCAUUUUAACCUCUUGCUAUGCAACUAUUGAAUGGCAUGACUUAGCACAUAGAGCAUUUGCUCCUCUGAGAUUCCUUUACAACAUGUUCUCCAUAUUUCCCAAUUUUGUAGACAGUAAUGGAAUUCAUUGGUACUGCCACUUCCUCUAUGUGCUGGCUAAGAAAGUUCUCUGGUGGGACAUGCCGUGAAGUGUGGUUUAUUGGGUUGGCUAACUUAGAAAUGCUGCUGAAGUACGGUCUUAUAGACCUAUAGUGACUUCUAUCUUGUGCUUCCUUUAUGCUGCCGAAGCUCAAUAAUCAUAACACAUGCUCUAUGGCUCCAAAGGUCCUCACUUCCCAAAGUCAGAAAAGCUAAAGAAUAAAGAUCAUGUUGUUCAGAUGGACCAGCAGAAUGUCAAAUGCAUGUUAAGAAGCUGCCAGCUUACCUUUGCGGAUAACGGAUGAUGGUCAUGUUAAAAAAAAGUAAGAGGACAAGAGGAUGGUCAGAAAGUACAUUUUUGAUCAGUCGUAGAAGAUGAUAGGUUGCAUUUAACUAUUACACAUCCUGGCCUGUUCAACCUGUUAAAGAUCCCAUGAACAUCCCUUGGUGGAAUCCAUGUAACAUGUAACUAGGGUUGAUACUGAUUUUAUAUUAGAUCUGAAAAAUUACGUUUUUGAAGAAUCUGCUUAACAGUAAAUAACCGGCAUUAGACUUUACUGCUGGUGGGAUGACCAUCUACUUACAAGUAACUGCCUUCAUUCCUCGUCUGGCCUGGCACGACAUUCUUCAUCCACUGACUGCCCUUGCAUGACGUCAUGUACUUCUUUUAUUCCAGCAGACAUGCAUGCAUACAUCUCCAAGUAUGUUUAGCUGCAAACCGAAAUCUGUAAACAAGAAACAUAGGAGGUAACAAGGUCAUCGUGCACUGAUUAUUUAUUACUUUUAUUCAAUAACUGCUAUGAUCUUCCAGUAUGUGCGCUAACCAAUGGAGGAUUCCUACUGAACUUGUGUGAAUGCAGGAUUCCAACUACACUGGGUGAUACAGAGCAGUAAAGCACAAUGCCCGUCUACAGAAUUGUUAUAUACAUCAUUAAUAUUUAUGUUGAUUGUAUUCAAUGACAGAUCUAAAUAUGUGACCAAUCAAAGUUGUUAUAAGGGAACUACACCCAUGACAUACGCAGCUUCGGUGUUUGGGACAUUCCCAUUCACUGGUAACCAUCAAUUAUAUCCUGUUUCUAAGUAAAGUAGCCAAGAAUUAUUUAAAGAACAAACAAACAGAUUUUGCUAAAUAUAUUUUUACUGAUAGUGUCCCUGUCAUAAACCAAAACUUCUGAUAUGUCAUAAAGACUGUCAAAAGUUUUCAUCGGUCGGAGUUCAGCUGAGCACUUCUCUCCGGUCUAGUAAUCGAUAUUAAUAGAGUAGCACUCCUGCACUCAC